CCUGACGCCGUCUCUCUCCCGGGCAGGGAGGCUGCCGGCGUGGACCGCGGGAAGGCGGGGCUGGGGCUCGGCGGGAGGCCACCCCCGCAGCCGCCCCGGGAUGAGCGCGCCCAGCAGCUGCUGGACGCCGUGGAGCAGCGGCAGCGGCAGCUCCUGGACACCAUCGCCGCCUGCGAGGAGAUGCUGCGGCAGCUGGGCCGCAGGCGUCCGGAGCCGGCUGGUGGCGGGAACGGUUCAGCCAAGUCCGGAGCGUCGCCCCAGUCAGCUGUACCCUCCAGAGGUGGCCUUCCAAAGGAUGCUGGCGAUGGAGCUGCGGAGCCUUGACUAUUUCCUAGCCAGGCACCCUGACUUCUGUCCCUUUCCAGGGCCGGUGGCUGGACUCUGACCAACUCCCUUCACUAAAGGGGUCAGUCUUCACUGGCAGUUGCUGGUACUUGGCCCUCAGCCUGGGAUGGCAACUCUACUAGCAGCUGGGUUCACUCCUCGUCGUCCUGGCUGAAGGCAGGACUGUGUUUUGAAAUGUAGCCAGCGAAUAUCCAGUCUGGAGUACUUGGACUCCGGCAGGCCAGCAGUGCUGGCCAAGUGGUCUGGCCUGCUUUGGGGGUUCCAGGUGGUACUACAUGUUCAUUUCAUGCUUUGGGGGCUCCCGGCCCCAUAAAACACUUCAGCAGAGUAUUGAUUAAAAGGAAACCUGCAGACUC